UUUAUUUUUGACAGUUGUUGAAACGAACAUAUUAAUUGUGUCAGAAGUGUGCAACAAAAAAACAUACCCAACGAAGAUAUAUUCUGUGGUAUGUAUAUGUAUUGUUGUCUGUUAAAAUUGGGAAUUAAAAUACUAUGAGGUUUUAUUGAAUAUUUAAUAUUAAAAUAAAUUAACCAAUCUAGGUUCCAAGAUGUUGUUUUUUCUUUUUAAAAUAAAGUUAUUUAUCUGAAAAAAUUGGCAAUAAAUUCCAUUUUUCUGUAACAUGGAUGUAAAACAAGAACCAAUUGAUAUAUUUGAUGAAAAUUACAAACAUGAACAAAACAAACAACUCUUUCUUGGUGGAAAAGAUGAUAAUCACAUGAUUAAUUUCACCAAAUAUGAGCUAGUUUCAAUAAAACAAGAAGACUUGGACAUUGAUAGGGAUCAAAAGGAAGAUACACAGCUCUCAAGCACAAACCUAGACAAUGCAGUAAUUCAUCAAAAAGCUGAAACAGUAGAGCAAUUUUGUCCAAAUGAAAUUGACAAUAAUCUCCAAAGUUUUGUUAGAAUUAAACAGGAGAAGGAUGUUGAUCAAGGUACUAUCCAUUCACAGUGGGCACUUAAAUUGGACAACAAUCAAAAUGGCAAAUUGGCCAGAAUAAAUUGGUUACAAAAAGAAACUUUCCAACUAAACCAUAUGAAGAGCUGGAUCCUCUUGGGUGGUAUAUCAAUUUGUAGGCUCUGUGGAAAUUUAUUCGCUAAGAAAUUUCAACUCAAUUAUCAUGUUGCACGACAUUUUGUCAAGAAAAGACGUUUUCAUACAACUAAGAACAGUAUAAAAUCAAUUGAAACAAUGAAUCGUCAUAUUAAACGUGAAUUAUUUGAUUGUAAAUCACUGGAUAUAUCAAAAAAUAUAAAAGACAAACUGUGUAAUAUAGGUGAUAAAAAAUUAUUUCAAUGUGACAUUUGUUUAAAAAUGUUUAAAUGUAAAAGUAAGUUAGUUAGUCACACGCGUAUUCACACUGGAGAAAAAUUAUUAUCUUGUAAAAUUUGUUCCAAAUCGUUCCCGUGCAAACGAAUUUUAACUCAACAUAUGCUUUGUCACACAGGAGAUAAGCCGUUCAAAUGUGACAUUUGUUUAAAAUUAUUCACAGCUCGAAGUGGUUUGGUUGAACAUAUGAGUUGUCAUACCGAGGAAAAGCCAUUCAAAUGUGAUAUUUGCACAAAGUUUUUUGCUAGAAAAAGAGAUUUAGUAAGGCACACAAAGAGAAUCCAUAGUACAGAAAAACCUUUCAAAUGUGAAAUUUGUUCUAAAUUAUUCGCAGAAUCAAGUGAUUUAGUUAAACACAACAAAAUUCAUGCAAGUGAAAAACCAUUCAACUGUGAAACUUGUUGCAAACGGUUUACACUUAAAACUAAUUUAGCCAGACACAUGCGCAGUCACACUGGCGAAAAACCAUUUACUUGUAAACUUUGUUCUAAAUUGUUCACUUGCAAACGAAAUUUAGUUCAUCACAUGCGCAGUCACACUGGCGAAAAACCAUUUACUUGUGAAAUUUGUUCCAAAUUGUUCUCAGUUCGAAGCAGCUUAGUUCAACAUAUGCGUUGUCACACUGGGGAAAAACCAUUUAAAUGUGAUAGUUGCACUAAAUUUUUCGCUAGAAGAAGAGAUUUAAUAAGACACGCAAAGAGAAUUCACAUUAGAGAAAAAACUUUCAAAUGUGACAUUUGUUCAAAAUCUUUUACAGAAUCAAGUUAUUUAUUCAAUCAUAAAAAGAUUCACACAAAUGAAAAAUCGUUUGAAUGCGAAAUUUGUUCCAAACUGUUCACAGUCCAAAGCAGCUUAGUUAAACAUAUGGGUUGUCACACUGGGGAAAAACCAUUUAAAUGUGAAACUUGUUUGAAAUCUUUCACACUCAAAAGUAACUUGGUUAGACAUAUCCGCAAUCACACUGGUGAAAAACCUUAUCACUGUGAAGUUUGUUACAAAAGUUUCUCAGCUAAAAGUAGUUUGGUACAACAUAUGUUUGUACAUACAGGAGAAAAACCAUUCAAGUGUGAAAUAUGCUCUAAAUUGUUUUAUAGAAAAAGUAACUUACUAAAACACAUUUGCACACAUAGUUUGAAAUGUGAGAAAUUGGUUUAAGCAUGUACAACAAAAGUUCAGUGACUGGUUUUUUAGAAAAAAAUUCUAUUGUCCAAUUUUAAAGUUUCUCUUUACAACUUGAACAAAGAGCAGGCUCGAAGCUUCACUUGAUUAUUUUUAUUCAGAAUGAAAAAUGUGAUCUUUAUGCAAAAAAACUAAAUCAGUGUCGUAGCUUUUUCAAGAUUACUUCAUGUUCAGUAAGAAAUGACUCUCAAAAAAUAUGUGGCAGCACUGCAAAUAUUUAUAAAUUAUUAUAGAAAAAAUUUAUACCAAUUAAAAUUUCUAUUUUUUUACAGUGUUAUUUGUCAUUUUGUUGCAUUGUAAUUUGUAUUCACUUUUUAUUGAAUCUAUUUUAUAGGUACAUUAUGAUUAUAUCUAAAAUGAAUAAACUAUUCUCCUGAAUUUCAUUAUUAUUACGAGUUAGUUACAAUCCCCGAUAACUUAC